UUAUUUUGAAGCUCAGACCGGAUUAUACCCCGUGACUCUCAGACCUGGAUCGAUCGUCCCCGGGAGACGCGCGGCUGACCGACGGUGUCUGGUACAAGUUUAACAGUCUGUGGGUCUCACAGCAGCCGUCGCCAUGUCUGCGCCCACCCGCCCCAGCCUUCUUCACGACUUCUUCCUCCUCUUCCUCCUCUUCUGCGGUGGAGCAGGUGAAGCAGAGGUGCCGCCUCCUCAGAACGUCACCAUGGUAACCUUGAACACCCACUACGUGCUGAGCUGGGAGUGGGAACCGAGCGCCGCGGAGUCCCACGCCGUCACCUUCACCAUGCAGUAUGUGGGACGGCACGAGCUGAAGUACAAGAAGAACCCGAAAUGGAUCACUGUGUGCAAUCAGACAGCAGCCCGGUCAUGUGACCUUACACCGUUCAACCUGCACUACCUGGGAAUCUUCGCGCUCCGUGUACGGGCCAGCGUGGAUGGGCGACACUCUGACUGGGAGCAGCUGGAGUUCUGCCCUGAUAAGGAAGCUGCUCUGGGGCCUCCGAGCAGCGUGGCCCUCGCACCUGCUGGAAGUGACCUGGACGUGGUCGUCACCAACCCUCUGAGCAGCCAGAACACCUCCAUGAAGCUGCUCGUCCCAGACCUGUACUACCGCCUCGAGUACUGGGAGCGCCCGGCGGACGGCCAGGCCUCGGCCCAUAAGCUGCUGAGAAUCAACACCACCAUGGUGACUCUGCCGGACCUGAAGGCGUGGACCUGGUACUGUGUGAUGGUUCAGACGCGCUACGACUACUACGGGAAGUUCAGCGACUUCACGGCACCACACUGCAUGCAGACCGAAGGUCCGAUCCCCUGGUGGAAGGUCUUCCUGUACUUCCUCGGCUCGCUGCUGUUCUUCUUCCUGUUUGUGCUGGUGGUGUUUUACGGCUCCUUCAGGUGCUGCAAGACCAUCAAAGACUAUUUGAACCCCUCUGACCAGCUGCCCCCACACCUGAAGAAGUACCUCUGCAGCGCUCCCAGCUCAGACACCCCUCGCCUCCUCACCCCGGACUCUGAGUCAGAGCUGCUGUGCAAAGGCGUGACGGUCUGUCCGCUGCCCGCCGUCCUGGAGAUCCACAUCUCUCCCCCUGAGGGCCUGUCGGCGCCCCCUGAGGGCCUGGAUCCAAACAGUAGACACAGCCGGCAGGACAGCAGCAGCAGCGGUGACUCCGGCGUCUACUCGUCCGGCGGCAGCUCCGCCCCGCAGCAGCUCGCCUACGCAGGGAGCGAGGACGGCUUUAAGGGUUCGUUUGACCCCGAGCGGGUGAACCUACUGGAGAUGGCGGCCGGCCUCAAGAGCCGGCCCGUGGUUGUGGAUGAGGGUGUCGUGGACGUGUGCGUCUGAAGAUGUUGCAGGUUUGUGGGACAUGAGCGGCAUUCCUUUUUUCCACCUCACUGUAAAAGGAGGAGCUCUUAUUAACAAUAUAAAAAAAAAAAUUAAAAAAGACUGAACUGCCUGGACGACCUCCCCCCAAACCGAAGGGACGGCAUCACGCUGGGCAGGAACCGCCUCGCUGCUGUUUGUGUUUUUAGAUCCUGCGUCGGAUCAGUCAGGAAGUUCUGCUGGUGCUGAUUCAAAAACAUUCCUCGUCUUCGGCUGUCAUCGUCUGAACCACGAACGCUCGCUGUGCUGCGAGGGACCAACGCGGACCUCGAAUCUGCAUUAAUGUCGUCUAACUCUCUCACCUUUCUGUAAUUAACACAGGUAGCCUGCAGGUGCUAGCAUUAAACAGGAAAUCGUUCAUUACCUGAGUACACCUGACUAAAAGCCCCGCCUCCCUUCAUAAUGUUAAUGAGCCCGAUUAAUCGUACACGUAAAACUGGAGGUGUAACGGUUCCCCAGAAGCCACGGAUCUCACGGUUGUUGUACUCACAGUGUUUCUGCUGACCGUGGAUAAAAACUGUUUUUUACACAUUAUAUUUUGACUAUUUUGUAAUAAAAUCAGGAGUAAAAACAGAUUGAUAAAUAUUUCUCUGCUGUUUUAGGGCUGCUGUCUUGUAGGUGGCUCUAAUGUUGUGGACAUUCAGCCCAGCUUUAGCUGGAAUAAAGUUAUUUAGUUCUUAUGAAUCUCAGAGGAUUAUUUAUCAGCUCAUGUUCAGACCUCUCAGCUGAUCAUCAGGUUUUUGUGGUUUUAUGUUCACUGAAAGUUAUUCUUUGUUAUUGAACAACUGAUGUAUUUUAAUCAAUAAUCACCAGAAAUAACUGUUUCAUAGAUGCAAAUGAACUGAACCUAAACUCACUGAACCGUUACACCUCUACAAAGAACCCUGACGGCGUGGGGCGGAGCGAGGAUGACCUGAAACGUUCACCUCAUAAAUGUGAGAAGUCCAGGCUGACUGUUAUUACAGACUCACCUGGACGUGGAGGACAUGAAAGCUCACACCUGCUGGUCCUGAAAAAGACUGCGUGUGGUUCAGAGAGGGUCUCAGUCCCUGCAGAUCACGCCUUAUUGGUCAUACACGUGAGGUUGAAGGUGGGCGGAGCUUUGCAGGUACAGGUGUUUGUCUUGAUGAGUUUAACCAGCCGGUUGGUGUCACUUGCCUUUAUGUUGGGCCGUUUCAGUCCCAACACGAUUAGUUUGAAACUGCACGUGCCUCCAGAAACACAACCAUGUGACCAUCUGAAGCAAUUCAAAUUUCUGUAACUUUAUUGCAGACGAGGCUGCGUUUAAACUGCUGAUUGGAGGAAGGAUUCAGGACUUUUUCUGUCGCUUUGAUGUUUUUCAUUUAAUAUUCAUGUUUUUUAAUUUUAACAGAACAUUUUAUUUUCCGUGUAUGAUUCUUAUAGAAUCUCUUUAUUGUCCACACUUACUGUUUUCUAUGAGGUCUUCAUUAUUUCUCUGUUUUAACUUCAUCUGCAGCUUUUAUUCUACCAUUUCAGAAGCUCCACCCACACCAUGAUUAAAUACUUCUGAAUAUGAGUGCAGGACAAAACAUCCCAAAGCAAACAGGACCUCGAGUAAUUAUCACAGGAAAUGUGGUUUGAUUUGCUGAACCUGUUUGACUCUGAAUCACUGACAUCUUUCCCUCCACUGUCUGCUGAGCUGUAAACUUUUGUGUAGAAGCUUUUUGUGCAGCUGUGUUACAAUCAGAGAAACUAAAUAAAUCACCUUAAAGGCCAAACCCGCCUCUGACU